AUGUUUCGCCCCCAUCCUUUACGGCAGUCGCAUACCCUCGAGGUUGUGCCUCCCGACAAUAACAUUUCUCGCCAACUCUCCACCACCUCAUCCUCUGCCUCAUCCGGCUACUCCUACGCCUCCGACCAGACUCAAAAUACGCAAUACUCAUCCCUCUCGAGCGGAUUCUCGCCCCCCAAGCCAACUCCUACAGCAUAUACACAUAGGCGCGGCCAAAGCGAUGUCAUUGCCCGAGCCCGGCUCUUCGAAUCGGGCGACAUGAACAGCCCAAGUAGAGAUGCCGCCUCAACUCGCCCAUCCCUUCGCCAGCUGCCCCAAGGCCCAGUUGCCUCUCCUCCCAGGCCAUCAGCGUCGCCAGAACAGAAGCUGCGCCAUCUCCGCGGCCAGAGCGUCGACAUAUCCAAGCUCUCCAUUUCCCAGAAUGAUGGUCCAGCUUCGCCGGCAUCUCCUCCUCGCCUGUCAUCUAUGCGGCCAAACUCGAUGCUACUGACUCGAUCCGACUCAAUGCUCCGUGGAGCUGGAGCCGUUCCCAGCAACAGCCCUCAUAUUUGCGCCCCAGAGCUCGAGAAGCUUGGCCGCUCCUCCACUACGCAGCUGCGCACUCUCUCCAAGCUUGCUCAAUCCAACACCACCGAUGACUUUUCCAUCACGUCGCCCACACAGGAAGUUGUCGGUCUCCGCGGCCGGCGCAGACUGCAGCGCGCAGAGCAGUCAGCUGCUGGCAAAACAACCAAGUCUAAUGCGUACGGAUGGGAAGGCCGCAACUGGAUGGAUAAGCAACGUCAGUUCCUGCAAGCCUAUGAGUAUCUCUGCCAUAUCGGAGAAGCACGCGAGUGGAUCGAGGAUAUUACCAACAAGACUCUGCCACCCAUCGUCGAGCUCGAAGAGGCGCUUCGCGACGGUGUCACGCUCGCCGAGGUCGUCGAAGCGCUCAAUCCCGACAGGCACUUUCGCAUAUUUCGCCACCCCAAGCUUCAAUACCGACACUCCGACAAUAUUGCCAUCUUCUUUCGCUACCUGGAUGAGGUAGAAGUGCCUGAUCUUUUCCGAUUCGAACUCAUCGAUCUUUACGAGAAGAAGAAUAUCCCCAAAGUCAUAUAUUGCAUUCACGCUCUCAGCUGGUUGCUGUUCCGGAAAGGCAUAGUAGACUUCCGCAUAGGCAAUUUGGUUGGCCAGCUCGAGUUUGAGCAUCAUGAGCUUGAAGCAAUGCAGAAGGGACUGGACAAGUUAGGUGUCAGCAUGCCAAGCUUUGGCAAUAUGGGUGCCGAUUUUGGCGUCCCCGAGCCCGAGCCACAGGAAACUGAAGAAGAGAGAAUCGACCGCGAAUUAGCUCAAGAAACCGCCCAAAUCACAGACCUGCAAGCGCAAAUACGUGGCGCUCUCGCGAGAUUACGUCUCGGAAAUGACAUGCAAGAUCUCUGGGACGGUGAAGGCGCACUUAUCGAUCUGCAAUCACGUAUUCGCGGCGAAUUCACGAGACAAAUUAUGGGAUAUAGGCUCCAGAUGCGUCGCUCUUCAAUCAAGGUACAAAGUGCUGCACGAGGAUUCCUGACCCGACGGCGCAUGAAGAAUGAUGGCCGCUGUUGGAAGGCAAUCGAACCCGAUAUUCUCACUCUCCAGAGCAUGAUUCGGGCAAACAAAGUCCGGAAAGAGGUACGAGAUAUAACUUCUAUGGUGUCGCAAUCUGAAGGAGCUGUUCGGGAGAUUCAGGCAAUAUCUAGAGGCUUCUUCAUUCGCAAAGACCUUAUCGUACAAAAGCGCGAGACAAAACAAGCCUCUGGGGAUGUUCUCAACCUUCAGGCGCUUGCACGCGGAGCGCUACGAAGAGGCCAACUGAAUACUCAGCGUAAUCUCUUGGACGGCUUUAACGGAGCAACAGUGCAAUUACAAGCAGCCGCUAGGGCUGCGCUGACCAGAUUUCAGAUUUCUCGUGAGCGAGAUGCCUUGCAGUCAUUCGCAUCUUCCUUGACUAUGCUCCAAAGCCUGGUCAGAGGAAAGGCAGCGAGAGCUCAGCAUAUUGGCACACAAAUGGAAGUCAAGAAGCACUCAUUGGACAUUGGCAGGUUUCAGGCCGCCAUCCGCGCAGCGGCUGUUCGACGCGAUAUCGCAAGUCAGCUGGAUAGUCUUCACCUGAAUGAGCCGGACACCAUCGAACUACAAUCCCGUAUUAGAGGCAUGUUUGAGCGGCGAAGUGUCUCUGCUCUUCAACAGAAGCUGGACCGUGUAACUCCGACAGUGACGAGUUUGCAGAGCCGCAUACGCGGAUUCAACUACCGCCGACAGCAUGAGGCACUCAUGACAGAGCUAGUCUCUCACAAUGCGGAAACGGCUGCUUUCCAGGCUAUGCUCAAGGCAAUGAUGGAGCGCGCGCGUGUCGAUGACUUGCUGACGGAGCUCUACGAAGAGGAGGAGUCCAUUGUCGAACUCCAAUCCGCCGCCAGAGCAUUCCUUGUCCGCGCUCGUUUCGAAGAGAAGAAGCGCUUCUUUGACGAGAAUAUGCAAAAGGUUAUCAAGAUUCAGAGUUUUGUACGCGCCAAGGUGCAAGGCGAGGCAUACAAGAGCCUCACUACUGGGAAAAACCCGCCUGUCAAUGCCGUCAAGAACUUUGUUCAUCUGCUUAACGACAGUGACUUUGAUUUCAACGAAGAGGUGGAAUUCGAACGCAUGCGAAAGACUGUGGUGCAGCAGGUUCGGCAAAACGAAAUGUUGGAGCAGUACAUUGACCAGCUGGAUAUCAAGAUUGCUCUAUUGGUCAAGAACAAAAUUACUCUGGAUGAGGUCGUCUCACAUCAGCACAACUACGGUGGCGGCUCAUCUAUGGGAAUGCUGGCCAACUCGUCCAUUUCUUCGUCCAAUCAAUUCGACCUCAAGGCAUUAAACAAGGGCUCACGCAAGAAGCUCGAAUCAUAUCAGCAGCUGUUCUUCUGCCUCCAAACUCAACCUCAAUAUCUGGCCCGUCUCUUCAAGCACCUGCGCGAGCAAGGUACGCCUGAUAGCGAAAGCAAGAGAAUUGAACUUUUGAUCAUGGCUAUGUUUGGUUAUGCACAAAAGCGUCGUGAAGAAUACUAUCUGCUCAAGCUUAUUGCUCGGUCCAUCCGCGAGGAGAUUGAAGGCAAUCGCAGCCUCCAGGAAUACUGCCGUGGCACUUUCUUCUGGUCAAAGCUUUUGGCUAACUACACGCGAUCUCCCAGAGAUCGCAAGUUCUUGCGAGGCCUCCUCGGCCCGCUGAUACGGGACAAUAUUGUGGAAGACCCAGCCCUGGACUUGGAGAGCGACCCUAUGCAAAUUUACCGAGCUUCCAUAAAUAACGAAGAGCUCCGCACUGGUCGCCCAGACGGCAGGCCGCUGGACGUUCCGCGCGAAGUUGCGAUUCGUGACCCUGAAACCCGCCGACUCUUCAUCGAUCACCUGCGCGACCUGAGAGAAAUCUGCGAUCAACUCUUCCUUGCAAUGGAAGAUCACGUCUUCAAGACGCCCUAUGGCCUUCGAUUCCUCUGCCGGCAAAUGUUCGAAUCUCUGCGCCAGCACUUUAACCGCGACUCGCCGGAUAUCCUUCUUCAGCAUGUGACGAGCUGGUACUGGAAAUUCUAUCUCCAGCCUGCCAUUGUUUCGCCCGAGAACGUUGGCGUUAUUGAGAAGACGCUGAGUCCUCUUCAGAAACGUAACCUCGGAGAAGUGGCAAAGGUUCUUAGCCAAAUCGCUUCGGGCCGACCGUUUGGUGGCGAGAACGUCUACUUGCAGCCUUUGAACGCCUUUGUGGCGGAAUCAAUUGAGCGCCUCCGACACAUCAUGAGCGAACUUAUUUCCGUACCUGAUGCUGAAAGCACCUUUGACAUUGACGAAUUCAACGACCUCUACGCCAAGAACAAACCGACGCUCUACAUCAAAAUGGCUGACGUGUUUUCCAUUCACAACCUCAUUGUAUCACAACUUCCAUUUUUGUGCCCGACCAGAGACGACGUACUGCGCGAGAUUAUUCAAGAUCUGGGUAGCGCCAAGACGAAUGAGAGCGAGAUGAGCGCUGCCGGGUCGUCUGAUAUUCAAAUGUUUCUGACGCCCAGACUUCACAACGUUGAGGACCCAGAUGCAGAAGUCAAGGCAUUGUUCAUGGAGACGAAGCGCUGUGUGCUGUACAUCAUUCGUGUACAGACGGGUAACAACCUCUUGGAGAUUCUCGUCAAGCCAAUUACCGAAGAGGAUGACGCAAAAUGGGCUUCGUUGCUUCAGGGCGACUUUGCCCCGAGUGGUAGCCACGGUGCAUACUCUGAAGCGAACAUGAUCGAUGUGACACGCAUGUCAUACUACGAACUCAAGCGCACAGCGCUCGAGAAUGUCAUGCGGCUUGAGCAGAUGGGCAGAAUCUCGAAGCACAACAAUUACCAAGACAUCCUCAAUGCCAUUGCCAGCGACAUCCGUUCCAAGAGCAGACGCCGAGUCCAAAGGCAACGCGAGCUUGAGGGUGUCAAUCUGACGCUGGGCAACCUCCACGAGAAGGCCAAUUACCUGGAACAGCAAAGAAAGAGCUACGAUGACUACAUUGAGCAAGCCAUGAUGACGCUACAGAACAAGAAGGGGAAAAAGCGAUUCCUGAUGCCAUUUACCAAGCAGUACAACCACCAGCGCGAGCUGGAACGCAGCGGCAAGGUGCCCAAGUUUGGCAGCUACAUGUACAGCGCGCGCGCUCUCUCGGACAAGGGCGUGCUCGUGGCAUGGAAGGGCAUGUCGGACUAUGACAAGAUCAACGUGACCAUUUCCUGCGACCAGGUCGGUGUGUUUGUCAUUGAGGGCACCCGUGGGCACAUUCAGAUGCCCGGCGCCAGCGCUGUCGUCAAUAUCGAAGAUUUGCUGCAGGCGCAAUUUGAGGCGCAUCAAUUCAUGCACCUCUUUGAGGGCAACCUCAAACUCAACGUCAAUCUCUUGCUGCAUCUGGUGUACAAGAAAUUCUACCGCACUCAGUAA